CGAGGGGCUAGUCGCCAGUUCAUGAAAUGUGCAUGUUACUGUAUGGACUUGUUAAAAAGAUGAAAAAUCAGGAGUUUCUGUAUUUCUGCCUUGUUCUUGUAACUGCGUCUGCGAAAGGACAUGAAAACGGGCGGGGAGUCAUCACAGUGGUGGUCCCAGAAGGAAGAGACGCCAUCUUACCCUGCUCCCUCAGCACCAAGCUGAGCCUUCAACAUGAGGUCUUUGACUGGAAGAAAGAUGGUCAGAAGGAGGUGUUCCUGUACUCUGCUCGCGACGAAUACAAUAACGGACGUCCAGGACAAGACGAGCAGUUCAAAGGUCGGGUCUCACAUUUCCCAGAAGAGUUGAAGUUUGGUAACGCCUCCAUAGUCAUCAGAAACACCAAGCUGGUCGACAGUGGAAACUACUCCUGUAUUUUUCCACAUCUUCAGCCAAAGGAACAAAGUUUCAACAUUAAACUCAUCGUUGAACGUGUCUUUAAGGAGCGAUCAGGUGACGUCACAGGUGCAGCUCCAAAGCCUUUUGUUGGGAUCCUGAACAUCACGGAGGACGGGGCGCUGCUGAAGUGUGAGGUUCCAGGUGCUUUUCCAAAGCCUUCGGUGGAGUGGAAGAACAGCGAUGGAAACAUCCUUCCCGCUGAGGAGCCGCGCGUGUCGUACAGAGGAGACCGCUACUACGUCACCCUCCUCAUCACUGUGACCAAGACAGACACCAAUGUCUUCCGCUGUGUAGCCACCCAGCAGGAGAUCAGCCAUGUGACUGAUGAUGAGAUCUACGUGCCUCACUGUGGGAAAGCAGCUGAGAACUGCUGUGGAGCUGGUGUGGUUGUAGCAGCAUUUUGUGGUGGAGUUCUGAUUACUGCAGUUCUGUUUGUAGUUAUAAAGUACAUUAGAAGAUGGCAGAGAGGUGAGAAUAAUAAUGGAUUUCAUAUUUAGCAUUUAUUUUGACAUAAUGUAUGUAUGAGGUGUAAAAUUCUCAGUAUUUUAUGGAUUAAUGCUCUGGAUUGGCUGCAGAUUGCAAACACCAAGUUCUUUUUUACAGCAGGUAGUUUUAGGCAUAUUUAUCUAAUUUUUCCAGCUAACAGGAGAAGAGGGAGUGUUUCUUUUUUCUUUUUUAAAAAAAAGAAAAAACUCUGAGUUAUCUGUUUUCUGCAGAUGUAGAUUAAUAAACUGUAAACUGAGGUACAAGAAGACAUUUAAGGUGAUGUUAGUGCUGAGCGAUUGUCUCCACAGUCUGACCGUCUUAUCGUCCUGCUGUAUGAUCACUAAUGCUGUGUCCCAUCAGCACCAGGGGCAGGUUUGUGGGGGUGAUGGGCUUAACAUGCAGUCAGUUAAGCAGCACUGGACACUCUUCAAGUGAACAGAGAUCUCACCUGACCCACAACAGUGAGUUCAGAAACUCGCUGCUAUUUCAUCUCCAUGUGUUAAACUCCAAAAGCUCAGGGACUCAAACCACAGACAACAGUAACACUGAGAAAUCAUGAGAAACUGUGGGCUGUGGAUUCACCACACAGUGCCUUAAAAUCAGCAGAACGUGAAGCUGUAACACUCAAAGGCUGCUUAUGAAAUGUGGUAG